AAGUUUGUGCACAAUAUUUUUUAUUUUAAUUUGUAUAACAUGUUUAGACUGUUUAAUGUAUUUUAUUUUAAGAAAAAGUAAUUAAAUAUUUACAUAUUUGCCAUACAGACACUUUUUAGUUACCUAUCACCACAAGAGAGGCAAAGGAAUGCAUAAUCCCUUCUAAUGGCUUUCACAUGGGUACAAAAUGAUAAAUUCACCCAUCAUGAACCCUGUUAUCACUGGUCCAACUCUGAAUGAGCCUCAUAUGACCUGCCUAGGCUGCAAUAUGUAUAAGUUUAUGGUAACUGAGCGCCCAAAUGCAAUUCAAUAUAGUAACCUGUAGAUAAAUUUCAUUAAUUUUAGAAUAAGCAACAUACCAUAUUUUGAUGCGCUUUUAAUGUUGUGCACUAUACUAAGAAAACGAUAGGGCAUAGGUUUUAGGCUUUGGUAGAUAUGUAAGAUCUGGCAAACCAAAACAACACGAUUUUAAAUAAGUAUUUUACAUGUGAAAUCAUUUUAAACAAAGAUUCUAAUCCAGCAACAUGGCAUUUAAUGGAAAGGGGUUCAAUUUUGGCACACCAACAACCUCCACCUCGACAUCUGGGGCAGGUAUGUUUGGAGGUCAGCCUGCCAGUGCGGGUGGUUUCAGUUUUGGCUCGCCAGCACCUCUUGCAUCUACACAACCCACACAAGCGGCAGGAUUCUCUCUAGGCACCCAAGCUGCCUCCAGUGGUUUUGGAGCAUCCCUGGGGGGAGGUACAACUGCUACCCAGUCUGCUUCCGCAGGAUUCAGUUUUGGGGCUACUUCCACUCCUGCUGCCCCAGCUGGGUUUGGUUUUGGUGGAGCAGUGAACUCUACACCUGGCACACAGGCCACCACAACUGCACCACCGCCGUUUUCCCUGGGUGGGGCUAAGACCUCAGCACCUACAGGAUUUAGUCUGGCAGGGCAAGCUGGUACGCCCACUGGAACUGCAGGGUUUGGUUUAGCAGGGCAAGCUACUACUGCUGCUGGGACUGCAGGUUUUGGUCUAGCAGGGCAAGCUAGUACUGCCGCUGGGACGCCUGGUGGAUUCAGCUUCGGGGCAGCUCCUACAGGGACUCUAUCUGCCCCAGGUACAACAACCCAGAGUUCAGGUCUCCUCUCUGGUCUGUUGUCUGCUCCCGCUUCUACUGCCCCUGCCACAACCUCCACGGGAUUCCCACUGGGAGGGGGGACCACUCUUGGAGGAUUAGGGGGAACCACUCUUGGAGGAUUAGGGGGAACUACUGUAGGAGGGACCACUCUUGGAGGUUUAGGGGGGACUUCUCUUGGAGGGUUUGGGGCAAAGACCACAAGCACUGGCCUGACAUUGGGAGCACCAGCUACAUCCACAAAAAUGCCAUCCACAGCCACAACAACAUUGAAUACGGGGUUUGGUUUGACCGCCCCAUCCGCAACAAGUGCCGGGGGAUUCGGAUUUGGGGCCUCCACCACCAAGGCAACCACAGCUGCACCAGGCUUUGGCUUUGGGCUCUCUAGCACAACAGCUGCAACCAGUUCUGCAGCUGGCGCUACAACAACCAGUGCCGUUCCCAGUCGCCAGAUGAAUUACAAGCAGCUGGAGGAUCAGAUAAACAAGUGGAUGACAGAGUUAGAAGAGCAGGAACGCAUGUUUCUCACUCAGGCCACACAGGUCAAUGCCUGGGACAGGCUGCUUGUGGACAACGGGGAAAAGAUCACGCUGCUCAAUGGAGACUUGGAGCGAGUAAAGGUGGACCAGGGUAAGCUGGAACAGGAGCUUGAGUUUAUCAAGGCCCAACAGCAUGAACUUGAGGAGCUGUUGAAUCCGAUGGAGAAAUCCCUUGAGGCUCUCCCCACAUCUAGUUUACACCCACAUGCAGACUUGGAGAGGGAAAACACGUACCAGCUAGCUGACAACAUUGAUGCCCAGCUGAAGCGUAUGGUUCAGGACCUGAAGGAAAUCAUCGACCACCUGAACACCUCUGCCAGUACACAGGAUAACAAUGACCCGGUUCUCCAGAUUACCAAGAUCUUGAAUGCCCACAUGGACUCACUACAGUGGAUUGAUACAAACUCAGCUAUGUUGAGUCGACGUGUGGAAGAGGUAUCACGACAGAUGGAGAGCCAAAGGAAGGAUCAAGAGAGAAACUUCCGUCUUGUGUACGACUGACAGUCUCCAAAACGAGAAUGACCGUGCUUGAAUGAGACAAAAAGUGUGUCAUAAUUGUAAUGCUUGUCAGUGAAAAAUUUCAGUGACUUACGACUGGCAUUAUCUGUGUUAGUGCUACUAUGAUGCAUCAAGUACUCAUAUAAAACUUAUAUAAGAUCUGUGUGUAUUUCAUCAGUCACUUCUGAUAGAUAAGACCAUUUAUGUCGUACCAUUCUUCUCAUUUGAUAUAAUAUAAAAUUCUAAAUUUAAUACAAUUGUGUAUAAGGUGAAAAUUGUUUAACAGUAUGUAAGGGAAGUGGGAAAUUAAAAGUUGUUUUUGCUAAUAAUGGGAAAUGAAGAUUUUGUACGGUGUUGUAAAUAUUUUGAAUAUUUGUAAUAAACUGUGACACCUGCA